AUGUCUCGCGUACUGGCACGUUGUCUGCCACAGCGCAACCCAGCGACCGCUGGAACAUGGCGGAGGUCAUGUUUGACGCGCCAUAGCAACUUCUCCACCACGGCCGCCCGUCGUAUAAUGGAGACUACUGGUUUUACCGAGAACCAGUUGACAGUCCGUGAGGCCGUAUCGACUGUGUGUGCUCAGUUUCCAAACACAUAUUGGCAGGAAAAGGAUCAACUGGAACAGGACCCCAAAGAGUUCCACGCUGCAUUGGCGAAAGACGGAUGGCUGGGCAUCGCCCUGCCGGAGGAGCUAGGAGGCUCUGGCCUCGGCAUCUCCGAGGCCACCAUGAUGAUGCAGACAAUUACAGAGUCAGGAGCUGGCAUGGCAGGUGCCCAGUCCAUUCACGCCAACGUGUAUGCCACACAGCCGCUGGCUAGGUUUGGAAACAAGGACCAGCUGGAGAGCACAAUACCCAACAUCAUCUCCGGCAAGUGGCGGACGUGCUUCGGCGUCACAGAGCCCAACACGGGGCUCGACACACUACGUUUGAAAACGAUAGCGAAGAAGCAAGAUGACGGAAGCUACAGCGUUACCGGCCAAAAGAUCUGGAUCACCUGUGCCCAAGUGGCGAGAAAGAUGAUUUUGCUGGCCAGAACGACACCAUUGGAGGAGGUCAAGAAGCCUAGUGAAGGGUUGUCAAUGUUUUGUAUUGACAUCGACAAGGAGGCGCCGGGCCUAGAUAUGCGUAAGAUCAAGAAGAUGGGCGGCCGUGCCGUGGACGCGAACGAGGUGUUCUUUGACAACUAUAUAAUCCCGCCGGAGUCUCUGAUCGGAGCGGAGAACCAGGGGUUCAAGAUCAUCCUCCACGGUAUGAACGCCGAGCGCUGUCUACUGGCUGGCGAAGCCCUCGGCCUGGGCUAUGCAGCACUGACGAAGGCGGCCGAGUACGCACGCGAGCGUGUGGUGUUCCAGCGGCCGAUCGGGAUGAACCAAGGCAUCGCCCAUCCCCUUGCCGAUGCAUAUAUGAAGCUCGAGGCUGCCAAGCUGGCCACAUAUCAUGCCGCCCGACUGUACGACAGUAGCAAGACCGACAAAUCCAUACGGCAAGAUGCCGUUGGGGUUGCCGCCAACAGUGCAAAGUAUCUCGCGGCAGAGGCCGCUUUUACGGCCUGCGAGCGAGCCGUUAUGACGCAUGGUGGGAUGGGGUACGCAAUGGAGUACGAUGUAGAGAGAUGGCUGAGAGAAUGCUUGGUGCCAAGGAUCGCGCCGGUGAGCAGGGAGAUGAUCAUGAAUUUCAUCAGUGAAAAGGUCCUAAAGCUACCGCGUAGUUAUUAA